AUGUACAUUCAUCAUGCAAGAUUCAAACUACCGUCUUCAUUGCAACUAUUCUGCUUCAUAUUCAUCUUCAGGCUAGUAAAUGCCAUUUCAAUUCAAACAUUCUUUCAAGCUGACGAGUAUUAUCAAUCCUUGGAACCAGCACACCAUUUCGUUUAUCAAUACGGUUAUAUAACUUGGGAGUGGCAUGCCAAACUACGAUCGUCCAUACAUCCACUAAUUUACUCAUUAGGCUACAAAAUAGCACAACAGAAUGAACAGUUAAUCUGGUUUUCCCCCAAGUUGAUCAAUGCCUUGAUUGCAACUAUUACCGAAUACCAACUAUCUCGGUUUGUUCAAGUUUACUCACGAGAUAGCAACUUGGCCCGUAUCACAUUGACAUUGUCCCUUUUGAAUCCAUUCAACUGGUAUGUUUUGACACGAUCAUUUUCUAACAAUUUGGAGACAUGCUUGACCAUAUGUGCGAUGAGGUAUUGGCCAUGGAGGGGGAGGAUCAGUGGGUGUAAUUGGUAUCUCAGCUUGGCAUUUGGUUUCAUGAGCUGUACAAUACGACCAACAAACGUUAUCUUGUGGGUUCCUUUGGGAGUUUGGCUUUUAGCAAAGAGUCCUGUUAAUUUUGCGUGGGUGGCAUGGUCUAUAUUGGAAGUGUGCGCUUUGUUUUCAUCGACAAUAGCACUUGAUUAUUACUUUUACCAGGAGUUCACUAUACCCCUUUACAACUUCCUUCAAUUUAAUGUUGUAAAAAACUUGUCGAUAUUUUAUGGCGUUGCUCCGUGGCAUUUUUAUUUGUUUCAAGCUGUGCCAUUAAUGAUGAUGAUAUACUUGCCAUUGCUAUUUUAUGGUCUACGCAAAGAUAUACUAUUGUUUAGCAGCAUCAUUUAUUUGGCUGGGUUCUCCUUAAUCCAGCACAAAGAGUUUCGUUUCAUAAUGCCAUUACAACCAAUCAUGCUAUAUUAUGCCGCUCGUGGUUACCAAAAGUUGAAACGCUUCAAGCAAUUGGCACCACUUGUAGUACUUUUGAACAUAAUCAUUGGCAUAUUCUUUACUAACGUUAAUGAAAGGGGUGUAAUUGACAUUUUAGACUUUAUGAAAACAAAGGGGGAUGCUUCAUUUGGAUUCUUGACUCCUUGCCACUCCACUCCAUGGCAAAGCCAUCUACACAAUCCUAAUUUGCGAGCAUGGUUUUUGACUUGUGAGCCGCCACUCCACUUACUGAACCCCACAUCACAAGAGCUAAAGUCUUAUCGAGACCAGUCGGAUAUGUUUUACGAUAAUCCUAGAUUGUUUAUUAAAGAGAAUCUAGGGUCAAGUUUGGAGUACCCGGAUUAUGUUAUUGUAUUUUCACCCUUGAAAGAGUUGGUUGAAGAAGAGUUGGGUAAUUACGUUUUGCACAAGCGAUACUUUAACAGCUAUUUCCAUUGGGACAGUAGACGUAAUGGUGACUUGAUUGUAUUUAAGAGAAAAAAGGAAGCUUGA